AUGGACGGCAAGACCCCUCAUCUGCUGCCUCUGAGCGCGGCCAAGAAGAAGAUCCACGAUGACGUCCCACCGGUCUGCACAUAUGCGCUCCUCAACGCCCUCGCCAUCGUCUUCGGCACAGCAGUGGGCCACAUAGCCGUCGACUACUUGGACGUGUCGUGCAGCCAGCUCUCCUCCAUUCUGCCGUGCGUUGAGCUGACGGACGCGGAGUCCGCCUGGUUAACCGCCCUCUCGAUCGGGAUUCUGUGCUGCGCCCCAACCCAGGCGGCCGCGGCGGCGCUGGCGCUGCUGCUCCCAUGCCGCCGUCGCCGGGCCCGCCGCGCCCUCGCCUACCUCGCGCUCGCGGUCACCUUCCUCUUCCAUUGCAUGUACGCCGGCGCCGUCUGGACCUUCCUCGCCGCCGACCCAAGAUACAUCUCCGGCAAGAUCUUUUUUACCAUGGUCAUCGUCUGCCUCAUCCUGGCGUGCAACCUGACCUGCCUGUCUGACCUCCUUGGCUAG